UAGAGGGUCAUGAGGCUAAAAAACGUUCCCAGUGGUCUCUCUACCCCAUCCUCUAAAUUUAGAAGCGCUGCCAUAUCCUCGCUCCAUCCUCCAAAUAUAGAGGAGGAAGCCACGACCAUCGAAAGCAAAAUUGCUGCUCGCGCUCUUCUUCCCGCGCGCAUCUGGAGAGCAGAAAAGGAGGCGGGAGCGUCUCCCGCGAAAUCGCCGUCGCCGUCGCUCCACUCCGCCGGCCAGAUAAAUGGAUAACUCACAGACGGAUGACAUUGGGUUUUUAGACAUGUUGAAUGGGGGAUCAGGUGAAGUGAAUUGGAGUGGCACACAAUAUUCUAGCCCAAUCAGUGAACAAGAGAAGAUGCCAACUCCGGAUGUUUCUGUUGUUUCUGCAUCUGCAUUUGCAAAAUCAAAACAAAAGAAGGCAAAAGCACCGUCGACGAAAGGGAAAAAUUGGUCUAGCGAUGAAGACAAGGUGUUGAUAGCGGCAUGGGGAAACACUAGUUUGGAUGCGGUGACCGGGACAGAUCAAAACUCAAGUUGUUAUUGGAAUAGGAUUUUAGAUUACUACAACUUGCAUAAGGACCCGUCAUGGCCCGAGCGUAAUUAUAAUGCAGUCAAUUGCCGUUUCACUGUUAUUUCAGCGGCCACAAGCAAGUUUUGUGGAUGUCUUCAGCAGAUAUUAAACCUGAAUGAAAGCGGAAGGACUCUCAACCAGAAGCAAACAGAUGCUGAACUCAUGUACAUGUCUUUGGAUCCUGAAAAGAAGCCAUUCAAACUAAUGCAUUGCUAUGUAGAGUUUGAGAAGUACCCAAAGUGGGCGACACGUACAGUUCCUCAGAAAAAACAAAAGAAAACCUCCGAUGCAAGUCCAGGUUCAACCUCCAAUGAUGAAGAUUUUGUGGUAUGCACAGAUGCUUUAGAAAACGAGAAAAGACCUCGUGGUACCAAGUAUGCGAAAGAACAAAGAGAUAAAGCCUCCGAUGGUAGUGCUGUCAAGUUGUCAUUGGAAACCGUAUGGGCACAGAAGUUAGAGAAAGAUGAUAUCAAAGAGGCGGCAAAGAGUGCUCGCUAUGCACUAGCAUUUGAGUUGCAAAAAAAGCAGAUUGAAUUGAAAGAGAGGGAGGAUGCAAGGCAAGAGAGGGAGGAUGCACGGCAAGAGAGGGAGGAUGCACGAAAACAGUUUGAAUUGGAAGAGAAAAUCAUGCUCACGGACACUAGUGGUAUGAAUGCUGCACAACAGCAAUUCUACAAAGGCAAGCAGGAUGAGAUCAUCGCUCGCCGACACCACUAGUUUAUGUAUGAUAGCUUCCUACUACAUUAGCUGUGUCAACUACUAGUUUAUGUAUGAUAGCUUCCUACUACAUUAUUAUUACAUCACUCGUGUCCAAACUUUUGCCAAAGGUGCUCAACUAUAUCAUCUUGAAGCUGAAAAUGAUCAUGUUGGUUUCUAA